AUGCUCAUAACUGCGCUGCUGAUCUCUUUUAUCUCCAUAGCAGACUCACAGUCUACGAUUCAACCAGUCACCGCUCCUCCUUCAUAUGGAUAUAUGAUGCAUCCUUUUCCAUAUGCAUAUGGAUAUAACGGUGGUCUACCCGGGGCGUUACCCGGAAGUCCGAUUGGUGUGCCAUUUACAGGAGGAAUGCCACCACCAGGGAUUAUGCCAGGAAUGCCACCAGGAGGACUAUGGGGAAUGUCAGACGUGGGAGCGGAAAUGCUAGGAAUGGCAGCAGGAUUUGGGAUGGCAGCAGGGCGAGCCGAUGCGAGCCCAGAUGAUAGUAGCCACAUUUCUACGAAGGAUGCCAAAGAGACAGCGAUGGUAUUGCAUUAUGCGAAAGAAGAAAACCAUGUCACAAGCUCAGCCUACCCAACUAUGUUAUAA